AGUUAACAGUGUUGCAAGGAUGGUUAUAAUCUUAUGUCCAUUUUUAGUUUUUUGGCGCAAGCUUCAAAGUAGUCUUAAACCCUAAUUUUGCUUUUCUUUCUCUCUUUAUUUUUUGAAGGAAAAUAUAAACCCUAACCUUCGCGUGACAGCGGCGAACCCACUGGAACAGCAAACGGACACGUCAGAGAAAUGCCGCCAAGUACUUCUUCGAAAUUGUCUUAAAAUUCUGCCGAGAAAGUUAGACUAGAUUGAUCACCGUCGCCGGACCUCCACAUCGCCUUUCAGUUACUAUGAAGGCCGUUCGCCUUCUCUUUUCCCUUAGACCAGUAACUACCUCGCCUUCGCCAUCGGUAGCGUUAUUCUCUUCGUCUUCAUCAUUAACCACUAAAUCAAUGAACUCUGUCGCCACUGAAGCAAAGAAGCAAGGUUCUGUAUACAAAAAUCAGCCGAAAUUUACGUGGAAGUCUGCUAAUUUCUAUGGUACAGUUGAACGGCCCCUUAAAGUGAUUACCUGGAACUGUCGCACAGUUAUGGCUUGGACAAUUCUUCGUGCCAAAGUCUCUCCAGAUUCUAACAGCAGUUUUAGGAUUUUUCUGAGACUGCAGAAAGAGAUGGCUGAAUCAUGGAUUGAACGUCUUAAACCCAAUGACUACAUCUAUGUUGCUGGUACGUUAGAGUCUUAUAAGAAUGCAGCAAAGUCCGGGACGUCUUCUUUAUCUUACCGGUUAACUGUCUCGGAGUUGAAUUGCAUUACACGUAAUGAUCAAGGCUCAAAAAGUCAAAAUUCUGUAGGCAUGCUACAUGAAGAAGGACGUGAUUGUAGGAGUAGUUACGUGGAACGCCUGUAUUUGUGGCAAGUGUUUUUCAGUAGUCCACAUGAAUGGUGGGAUAACAGGAACAAAAAGUCAAAUCCAAAUGGACCGGACUUCACGCACAAGAGUACUAAUGAGGCCCUGUGGCUUCGGCCAACAGAUCCUCCAUGGAUCAAAAAACAGCUCAAGUUGCUCGACACCAAAAUGAGAAAAAAAGAUCAUGACGGUCAUUUAGUUUCUGAUUCCAGCAUGUCCAGUUGGAUUGUAUAGCUGAGGAUGCUGUAUUUUGUGCUUUCCACAUUGGUUCUUCUGCUUGAACACUAUAUUUAAACUGAGUACAAAGUCUGUUUCCAGAUUCCUCUAUUCGAGACAGAGUUAGCUUUGUUGGUAGAGUUUUACCCUGUAUAUAUGUAAUCUUCGUAGAGACAAACCACUAAUGCAGAAAGGUCCGAUGGAAGCAAAUUGGUAGAUUGAAGGUACACGUAAGAGGGCGUUUGUUGGCCUUUUCUCUUCUUUUUACUUUCAGUUACUUCACAAGAAAACCACUUAUGCCAUAUAUUGUCUAUAUUAGAAAUUGGGUUGUGUUUA